UUGAAUGUAAAUGCACAGACAGCAGUCGCCCAUUAGAACUAAUGAGAGAUUAAAUUAGAAUUAGAACUGUGGCGAGCAACAAGUGCGGCCAGACCGAUCAACCAAUGCAUUAAAUAUUAUCGCCCUGCCAAAGUACUCUUAUCGUAGAAAAGCCCACGGAACAAAAAAUGCAGCGAAGCCGGCAAAUGAAAAUCAAAAACCAGAGAAGAAACUCUUUUUCUGCGCUGCCGACGUUGUUGCUGCUGUUGCUGCUCUCUUUGGUCAACUGCUUUGCCAGUUUGAUACCGACUGGAUCUCAGCAGCUGUAUCAGCUUUCCAGUGAAGUCAGCCUAGAAGUGGAGCAGGUGAGCUACACCUUUGAGUCGCAACUGAGGAUUAGAUCCGUUUGGAGCGACGCGGAGGAUCAGCUGCUGGAAAUAAAGUUGAGCGAAAGUCACGUGAAGGCGCAGCAGCGAGUCCGUACAAUACUCAGUCUGCCGGACAGGCCAUUCUAUGUGGCUCUGGUCAAAGGUCAGCCUAAGCAGGUGAUAGCGCACACCUCGAGAGAUCAGUCGCUGUUGAAUCUGGAACGCGGCAUCGCCUCGCUGUUGCAGCUGCGCCGCGACAGCAGCGGCCAAGCAGAGACCGAGUUGGACAUCUCCGGUCAUUGCCGGGUCGAAUACAAAGUGAAAUCUUCGACGCGCUUGGAGAAGACUAAGCGGGACUGCGCUCUGUGGGACCUGCGGGUCAGCUAUCAUCCGGAGCAGGCGUUGGGCGUGGCACAACAUUCCGAGCAGCAGGUAAACUACGAGCUGAGCGCCGAGGGAGUCCUGCUGAAAGCCGAAUCCCUAGAGACGCAUCGCUUGACACUCGCAGCUAAGCCCGAUGCCGGAAGCCUGGUGCGUGGCAAGCUCUUGCUGCAACAUGUGGCAGAGGUUGAACAGGUGGAGCAACUGCAGCAGGAGACACUAUCAGCAGCUAUUGAAAGUCUCCUGGAAUGGUAUCGCGUCUUCGAGCUGGAGGCCGACGUGGAUGGCAGCAUCAGCAAGCUGAAGGAGCAAACGCUCCAAUCCCAGGUCGAGGGCAACCUGGAGCAACUGCAGGGCAAGCAGGUGGGCAAAUCCUCGCUAGCUACCACCUUUGUGCAGCUGGUGCCUUUGGCGCGCAUCACCAAGCAGCCGGAGUUCGAGUCGCUGCUGGCGUCGCAGUCGCAGCUGGCAGCGCAGCUGGCAGAUCUGUUGGGCGCGGUGCAAACCUUUGAGGCACACAAUGCCAGCUUCAGUCACUUCUAUAAAGGAGCCGGCACCACGGCCGAGUCGCUGGAGCUGCUCGAAAAGUAUUUGCAGUCCUUGGCCGUGGCCACACACCCGGAGCGCCGCAUCCUGGAGCAUCUCUACGACUUUCUGCAGCAGAAAUUGCCGCAUAAAUCGCAUGUCAAGCUGUGGGACAGCGUGCUCCAGACUCUGGCCACGCUCACCCGGCAGAGCGGACUCGAUGUCAACGAUCAGCUGCUGCAGCAGAUACGCAACUAUUUGCUCGAAGGAUUGGCCUCCACGCACAAUACCCUGCUCUAUACGCGCGCCCUGCAGAAUCUGCGCGAUCCUGUGACCAUCGAUGCACUGCUUCAGCAGGCGCUGCAGGCCAAGCAGCCCAAACACUCGGUGGCUGCUCUGCAGGCACUCAAAUCCUUUCCAGCCUCAAGCUACGCAGAGCCACAUCGUCUCCAGUUCGCGAGCAUUUUCUAUCAGCGACAGCGCCGCUACGACAGCUCUGCGCGCACCUUGGCCCUGGAUAUAUUGCUGGCCAUGCGACCUAGUGCCGAGCAGCUGGGCGAACUGCUGGAUUACCUGGCCUCCACGGAUCGUCAGUUUGAGAUUAAGACCUAUGUGUUGCAGAAGCUGCGCAUGCUGGCCGAGAUUUGUCCCAGGUUCCGGGCAAUGUUCCAGACGGCGCUCAGGCAGCGAGACCAUGUCAACAACUAUAAUGUCCUGGCGCAACGAGGCCUCACCACAGUGCUGACCCGUCAGCUCUCGAGCUCGCCCGCCUUCAACGAGACCCUGCUGAGCACGCAGGAGGUGUAUCAAGGCAUUUUGAAGCGUGGCUCCGUGGAGUUCCUGCUGCACGCAGGACGCGCCGAGGCGAGCAGCUUUAAGCUGGGCAUCUACACGGCUGGUCUCAGCUCCUUUGUGGGCGAUAGCGCUGCGGACGAGGGCAGUGAUCAGAUACCGCCAGACGAUGAGCCGGAGCAUGAGGAAACAAUGACGGCGGGCAUGGAGAUCAGUGUGCAGGGCGCCCAGCUGCGUCCGCUGAUCUUCUUCAGCGGCCAGACGGAGCUGAUGGGCCACGUGUGGGGUGGCAGCGCCUCGGAUACGACGCCAGCCUAUCAGGCAACAACAUUGGCGCAGGAUCACGAACAAUACAUUGUCCUGGCGUCGGGCGCAACUCUGCACUGGCGCGUGCUCGGAGCUCGCAGCGUCGAUCUAAACGGCAAAGUGAACUUCAGUCUGUGGAAUCGUAAUGCCCAAACGGAAAUACAACAGAACACUGGCACCGCAGUCGUCGCUCACCUUGCUGUAGGCUUCACCUAUGCCAAGCUGGAGCAGCGGAUUGAACUGCGCCACGAGCCGAAGCUGAGCCUACAGGCGGAUCUAGACUUCUAUAGCGACAUGAAGCUCUGCAUGCAGCUGGAGCGACCCGAACAGUUGCUCACCCAAUCCAAUACUCGCUCCGUUUAUCUGCAGUCGGUUGAGAAACCCUACGCCAAACAUUUUCUCUCAACGCAAACACAAAAAUCGGCUGGUCGCACUUUUGUCUUGAAUCAGAAGAACAACGAGAUGUGCAACAUGAUAUUAGCAAAUUCCUGAAAUUAAAAUUGCAUUUAUAUUUUAAUACCAAAUUAUACUAUGUAAAAAGUG